CGGAGCCCGAGCCGGGUGGGCCUGGGCACUUCUGGGCUCAGUCAGGAUGUUUGCAGUGCAGCCCGGGCCUCCUGAACCCCCAUUCCUGGGGGGGCCACCUGCUUCUGGGUCUCAACAUGACUAUGAACCCGACAGUAACUCCAACUUUGUGGCCAGCGCCUAUGAUGCCAAUGAGAACUGGAGCCAGGGACUUGGAGGAGCCAGGGGUCCUGGCCUGGGUGGCAGGGAGGGGACCUUCAUGCAGAACCUGCCUUCAGUCCCUUCUGACAACCAGGUUCUCCUGGGAAAGAGGCAGCCCUCUGCCCAUGGGCUCCCAGGCCCCCAGUCUGAUGGCUUCUUCCUCCCUACAGUAGGGGAGAUGCGCAGCCCACCAGAGGGGGCUGAACUCCCCAUAGCUACAGGGCCCGAGCCAGAGAAAGGCGAUGGGGCGGGGGCUACAGCUGCUGCUGGCUCCCCCUUAGAAGACAUCGGCUAUGCCAGCAGCUCCCUGAGUGUGGAAAGUCCUGAGAGCAGCCCGGGUCCCUCCUGGGACACCCCCAGCCCCUGCCCUGGCCCCCCAGAGCCUGGUCCAGCCCCCAAUACCUUCCUACCCACCGUUACCCAGGCAGUGCAGCAAUUGCUGGCUCGGGAGCGCUACAAGGAGCAAGAGAAGGAAAAACACCACAUUCACCUGGUCAUGUACCGCCGUCUGGCUUUGCUGCAGUGGAUCCGAGGCCUCCAGCGUCGGCUGGCUAGUCAACAGGCCCGGUUGCAAGAGAGCUUUGACACAAUCCUGGACAACCGGAAGGAGCUCAUCCGAGGCCUCCAGCAAGGGCUGCCACCACGACCUCAAGACAGAGGCUGAAUGAUGAUCCCCUCCCAUGCCCCCUCCCCACCUCCUCCCCACUUUGUGGCCCAUGGCUUUCUAAAUUCAGCCUCACCCUGGGGCCAGCCUAUGCUCAGCUA